UAGCUUAAUCGUAAAGCAAUUACGUUAGAGCAUCGUAACGCAUCGAUUUUGGAAAUUAAUUAGAAUAGCGUUGCCAUAAAAUAUGCCUGUAUUCGCAUUGUGACGACAGUAAGAGCAGCAAGGCGCAAUACAAUCUUUUACGACAAGCCAAAUCUCAUUUGGAUCGCAAGAUGUCCACUGAGGAGUGCCUGUGGCGCGAGCACGUUGCAAGAUUGCGUGAACGGGACCGCAAGGAGUGUGAGAACUUCAAGGAGAUAAUAGUGCAAAACAAUCGCCUCAUAGAUCAUGUUGCGCAACUAAAGUCGGACAAUCUGAAACUGUCUGUGGAGAAUGAGCAACUGCGCAAUGCUGUGUCAACAGGUGGCACCGGUCCCAAUGUUGCUAUGGCUACUCUGGAAAAGAAGCUGCUGGCGCAACAAGAGGAACUCACGGACCUGCACAAAAGAAAGGGUGAACACUCGCAAAUGAUUGUCGAUCUAAAUCUCAAAGUUGAGCAGCAAAAGGAGCUCAUUUCCGAAAAGGAGCACAGUCUUUACGAACAACAAACUGCCAACAAUCGCUUAAGGGCUGAGGUGCAGUUGUUGCACUCCAGCUUGGAGGAGCUCAAAAAGCUGAACACGACCUUGCUGGAUGAGCACACAGCACUGCAGCUGGCAUUCAGUUCCCUGGAAGAGAAGAUGCGCAAUGUACAGGACGAGAAUCGCUACUUGCUGGAACGUUUAAUGCGCUACAGGGCAAAAGAUGCCGAUAAACUGAAUGAAGAAAACGAAAGUUUGAUAAGAAAAAGACUGCCGUCACUUUUCAGAAAACGUUCGGCUAAACUGAAACGUGACUUGGAAGACGCCGUGCGCGAGCCCAAUUCGCCGGGUAACCCGGUUGUUCCUGCACCCGGCAGCACCCCACUGCAUCGCAACUCGAGUCCAGCUCAAUUUGGUGGCACCGCUGGAAGCGACGACGAAAUUGAUGACGCGUCGGUAAACGGCGCUAUGGAAGCUUUGAGUCUCAACGACGAGGAAUAUAUCAAUGCAAGAUUUAUGGCCGGCGAAAACUCCCACGACAUACAACGCGCUAACGCAAAUAACUCAAUUGAGGGUCUCAAAGCCGCUGGCUAUCUUGGCCAGCCGAAUCCGACAAAGAUCCUAAUGAAAUUCGAGGCCCAUGAGAACGAGUCGCAUGCAGUACGUUGGAGUCCGGUGGAGCGCAUGGUAGCUACGGGCGGGGCCGAUAGAAAGGUCAAACUGUGGGACGUUGGCAAAGCCUCGACGGAACCCCGUGCUGUGCUUAGUGGGAGCAGUGCCGGCAUCAACUCUGUCGAUUUCGACUCAACCGGAGCGUAUAUACUAGGUACUUCAAAUGAUUAUGGCGCCCGAGUGUGGACAGUAAUGGACAAUCGGCUGAGGCACACACUAACGGGUCACAGUGGCAAGGUGAUGGCCGCCAAAUAUGUCCAAGAGCCAAUUAAAGUGGUAACCGGAAGUCACGACCGCACUCUGAAGAUCUGGGACCUACGCAGCAUCGCGUGCAUAGAGACAAAGUUUGCCGGCUCCAGCUGUAACGAUCUGUGCACAACGGACAGCCUCGGCUCGACGAUUAUCAGUGGCCAUUAUGAUAAGAAGAUUCGCUUCUGGGAUAUACGAACAGAGAAGCAAGCGGAUGAUGUUUUGAUGCCUGCCAAAAUUACCUCGCUGGACCUAUCGAAGGAUUGCAAUUACCUGAUAUGUUCGGUGAGGGACGAUACAAUAAAACUAUUAGACUUACGCAAGAAUCAAGUUAUAUCCACUUUUUCAAAUGAGCACUUCAGGAUCAGCUGUGAUUUUGCUCGUGCUUCCUUCAACUCUGGCGCCUCGAAGAUCGCCUGCGGAUCGGCAGACGGCACAAUAUAUAUAUGGAAUGUGAACGGAUUUCUGGAGACAACGCUCAAAGGGCACAGCACGGCCGUCAACGCAGUCAGCUGGAGUCCGAACAGCAAUUCGCUAGCCUCCGUGGGGAAGAGCAAACGAUGCAUCAUCUACUCCGACUCGUAGCCCAAAAUUGGGCUACUCUAAUAACGCAUAAGCAUGUGCUUGACCCAGCGAUAGCAGCUAAUAAUGAUAGCUUUCUCGGAUAUACUUAUGUUUACUAGGCACACAGUUCCAGAUGUCUCUUUGCCCAAUUAAGUCAGCAAGUCAACCGUGUGUCCUCGUUUACCAACUCCUUAUAAAAAAUAUAUAAU